AUGGCUUUCGACGGCAAUCGGGUGAGAAAGCCUCUGCUCUACGCCGAUUUGUUCAAGCGCCGGCCGGCGGAAAAGGAGGCGGAGAGCGGCGCGAUUACGAAUCCGGAGGUUCCGAGUUCUAUUUCGAGCUUGUCGAGCCAGUUGUCCUCGCCGCGCGACUCGUCGUCGUCCGGCUUCAGCACGCCUCUGUACUCCGAUUUCGAAAGCGACGACGGCGAUUUCAUCGACGAGUUGACUCGGGAGAUGGCCGAGCGCAUGCUCCAGGACGACGAUGACGGUGAAGGAGAAGGAGAGGAAGAAAAGGUGGAGAAAAUAGUAAAGAGUGCGAGUGGGUAUGCGAAGAAGAACGAGAUGAUUUGCGUGGCUAAUAGCAGUGCCAUUGACGGCCGGGAAAAUGGUGUCGGUUCGGGCCGGGCCGGAAUCGGCGACCCGAUUCCCCCUAUCCAGGUAAAGGCGGGUACCACUGUACCAAAUAGUGGGCCUAAUAAUCAGCAAACGUUUUCACUUAAUUGCUUGCCUGUAGUUGAGAAAUAUUAA